UUUUGGUCGGGGGACUAGCCCGCCAGCGAUCGAGUCCAGAGCCGACUGUCGAGAGCCAUCGGCCAUGAGCAAGAGAGGCAGGGGCGUGUGGGACAUGGAGCUGGGCAGCCUCGACACGACCCGCCUGCUAAUGCUCCUCGCCCAGCAGCACCAGCACCAGCACCACCACCGCGGCGUCGCCGAGGCGGCGCAGGCGAUGACCGGCGGCCGCGUGUUCCAGUGCAAGACGUGCAACCGGCAGUUCCCCACGUUCCAGGCGCUCGGGGGACACCGCGCCAGCCACAAGCGCCCCAGGCUCCACCACCCACCCCCGCAGCACGCGCUCGUCGGCGUCGACGACGACGCAGCGCUCUGCCUCGGCCGCCGGGCGCCCCAGGCGCCGCCGCAGCCGGCCAGGCCGAGGGUGCACGAGUGCCCCAUCUGCGGGCUCGAGUUCGCCGUCGGCCAGGCGUUGGGUGGGCACAUGCGCCGGCACCGCGUCGAAGCCGAGGCCGAGGCCGGGGCCAACGCCCCGAGCAGCAAGGCGGCGGCGGCGACCGAGAUGGUGGUGGCUUCGUGCGACGACGCCGGGAUCUGCCUGGACCUGAACCUGACGCCUUCGGAGAACUGCGCCAAAUGCAAGAGCGCGGCGGUGCUCCGUGCCGCUACUGGGCAGGGUGUACAUAAGGCGCUGGGCGGGCACAUGUCCCGGUACUGCGCCGAGGGCGAGACCGAGGCCCACGCGACGAGCGCCAAGGAUUCCUGUGAUAUGUUUGGAAGAAGGCAAAGAUAUUUGCCCUUGUCACUAGAUCUUUGUGGCAGAUUGGAAGAUACUGAUAUAUCCGUUUCAAUUUGUUGA